AUGGCGCCGGCGCGGCCCGACGACUCCAGAGUGAAGAAGCAGUUCGGCUUUCCGCUCUUCUGCGGCGCGUGGGCGCCCACGAAGGGUCUCACGGCGGGCGCGCAGGGCGAGGAGGGGCUGGUGGUGCUGGCGGGGGGCGGCGGCGCGGGGCGGCACGGCAUCAAGAGCAAGAUCAUCGCGUGCAAAUACAGCUUCGCGGCCGAUGAGCUCUCGGAGGUGACGCGCCUCAAUAUCACUACUCAUCGUUCCCCUUCCCUCCCCUUCCGCAUCAUUGCGCCGCUCUGCACCGCGCUGCACCACCACGCGUGGCAGGUGUUCAGCUUGUCAACGGGCGUCAACCCCGCGUUCAAGAUCACCGCCCACCCCAACGGCGACGGACUAAUCGCUGCCUUCGCUGACGCCUGCCGCCUGCCACCAACUCUUCUCGCUCUUGAGACCAACCUGUUCCAAAUGACGCUGCCUCUUCCAAACUUCCACUUACCAACGCGUCUCCUUCCCUCCCAACCUCCCCUCUUCCUCCUCCCCCCACCCUGUCUUCUACCCCCUCCUCCCCAUUUCCAUCCUCGUCCCGCCCUCUUACCCCCCGUGUUCCAUCUUGCCCGCCUCCCUUCCCCCCGUGUUCCAUCUUGCCCGCCUCCCUUCCCCCCGUGUUCCAUCUUGCCCGCCUCCCUUCCCCCCGUGUUCCAUCUUGCCCGCCUCCCUUCCCCCCGUGUUCCAUCUUGCCCGCCUCCCUUGCCCCGCCCGCUAGCCCAAAGGGGGAGCGAGGAGGCGGUGCCUCUGGCGCAGCUGCAGCUGGUGCCGAGCGAUGUGCGCCUCAAAUGGCUGGGACCACGGGAGGAGGAGGAGGAGGAGGGGGAGGAAAAAGGGGAGGGAGUUGGGGGAGAAGGGGAAGGGGCGGGCGAGGGGGGCAACGGGAAUGGGGGAAAGGAUGAGGGGGAGAAAGGGGAGAAAAAGGGGAAAGGGGAGGAAGGGGAGACGGCAGCGGAGGUGAAGUGUUUGCUGUUCAGUGCGGAUGGGUGCAGAGUGGUGGCGGGGAGUGAGGAUGGGCGUGUGCGCGUGUUUGAGUGGCCCAGCAUGGACGUGCUGAUGGACGUGCCUCGUGCCCACACCUCCUCCCUCAGAGAUGCGGAUAUUAACCUGGAAAGCUCACUGGUGGCCACCACGGCAGACACGGGCCCUCUGAGGGUGUGGAGCGUGCGCAAGGGGACAGCACUUGCCACCCUCUCCAUUGCUGAGGGAGGGGCGCGCUUUGGGCUGUGCCGUUUCUCCCGCGACCCCAGCAAGCCGCUGCUCUACUCCACCUGCGUUAAGGGCGGCAAGGGGUGGGUGGUGGUGUGGGAGACGGCAGCAUGGAAGCGGGUGGCAGUGAGGAAGAUCCACAACGACCCCAUCUCCGCCUUUGCUAUCAGCCCCGACUCCUCUCUGCUUGCCACGGGCACACCAGAGGGGAAUGUGUUCAUAGUGGAUGCGCGCACGCUGAGUGUGAGGCAGAGAGUGGUGGGGGCGCACCUGGUCUUUGUCACGGCGCUCGACUUCUCGCCCAACUCCAGGGCAUUGCUGUCAGUGUCGGGUGACUCCAGUGCGCGUGUCACGGCUGUUGCUGCCAAGCCCGCCGGCCAAGGCUGGGUAACUUGCCUCAUACUCACAGCCCUCGCCCUGCUCGCCAUCGCGCUCCUCCUCUCCGCUUCAGACCUCCUGCUGCUCCUCCUCGGCCCAGACAUCGCCGCCCAAGUGCAACUGUUCAUCGACCGCCUAGUGGGUCCAAUCCUUGCCGCCCAGCUGCAAGCCAUCGCCAGCCGGUUCCUCGGUCCGGACGUUGCCGCCCACCUGCGAGCGCUCUUGCUGCGCCUUCAAGGGCUCUUGGUGGCACAGCGGCAAGGGACGCUGAGCAAGCAAGAUGUCGAGAGUGGUGCGAGCAAUGGGGGUGCAGGCGAGGGGGGUGCAGGCGAGGGGGGUGCAGGCGAGGGUGGUGCAGGCGAGGGGGGUGCGGGUGCGGGGGCAUGUAUGCCACAGAUGCCAAAUCUCCCUCACAUCCCAUCCCAUAGGUUGGUGGUAAUGUGGUGCGAUCUGUUCUGCUGA